AUGCCAAAGUUAUAUGCAGGAGAAGCUUACAUUCUAGCUGCAACUGAUUACUUCUCCAAGUGGGCUAAAGCCAUACCCCUGAGGGAAGUCAAGAAAGAAACUGUCAUCCGUUUCAUCAAAGAGCAUAUCAUCCACCAAUAUGGUGUACCUUACUACAUUAUCACUGACAACAGAAAACAGUUCUCCAACCGACUCGUAGAAGAGCUCUGCGAGAAAUACAAGUUCAAACAGUACAAGUCUUUCAUGUAUCAUGCUCUGGCCAAUGGUCUUGCAGAAACAUUUAACAAGAUGCUGUGCAACCUCCUGAAGAAGGAUUUGGCUACAAAGAUUAAAAGCCAAUAA